AUGGAAGAGUGGAAAAAAGAAAAACCUCACUUUCCUACCGAAAAUGAGAUGUUUCGUUUAAAUGGACGACAUAUUCCUUUCUUUGUGCAAUUACAACAAAGACCUAUUAAAGAAGAACCUUGCUCAGAAAUUGUCAAAGCUCUAGUAUUUAUGAUGUCAUGCUCAAAGACCAUUGUUCUUCUUGUCUCGAUGUCGAUAGACAGACACGACAAAGAAAAAGAAAUGGCUCCCAUUCUCUUCUCUGCACUUUAUGCUGACAUAAUUCAUCCUUCACAAGUUUACAAAGGAUUCACCAAGUUAGUCGAGUCGACUGAUGAUUUGAUUAUGGAUAUACCGAACACGGUCGAUAUUCUAGCGCUUUUCAUAGCUAGAGUUGUUGUUGAUGGCAUCCUUCCACCAACAUUAUUGAAGAAGCAGAUAGCAAAUUUACCAAAUGAUUCUAAAGGUGCUGAGGUUUUAAUGAAAGCUGAGAAAAGCUAUCUGACAGCGCCUUCAAACGUUGAAAUCAUCGAGCGGCGUUGGGGAGGUAGCAAGAAUACAACAAUUGAUAAUGUGAAGGCGAGGAUAAACAAACUUACAAAAUUUCUUGAUAAUUAG